AUGGGACCGUGGGACUCACCGCUAUCUGUCUGUCCGGCCAGUAGCGAAACCGAAGACAGCUCCCACCUCCACCACUCCAACAGCUUUGCCCGACCCAGCGGGAAAAGCAUCUACAACCAGCGCAAGGACUACAGCCAGAGCCUGCUCAAACCCCAAAGCAAUUUCCAGCACCAUGUGGAGCACCUGCUCACCAUGCGGCUGGACAGGGACAUCCGCAACACCGAGGACUGCCUGGCUCGCCUGAAGGUGCUGGAGGCCCAGGGCCGGGUCUGGGGGCAGGACCUCAUCCUGCACGUCAAGAACCAGGAGCUGGUGCUGAGCGACGUGGAGAGCAAGGAGGAGCUGGACAGCUACCCGCUGGGCAGCGUGCGGGACUGCGCGGUCCUGCUGGACGCCUGCAGCUACGACUCGGUGCUGGCCGUCACCGUGCAGGAGCAGGCCCCCCCCGGCACCAGCGUCCUGCUCUUCCAGUGCGACCGCAUCGGGGCCCGGACCCUGAAGAGCAGCCUGGAGAAGCUGGUGAAGCAGUGCAAGGAGGAGCAGCACCAGUACGGACGCAGGGCCCCCCCGGAGCAGCUGUCCGACCCGAUCCCCUUGUACAUGCCGGCCCCCUACGGAGCCCCGGAGCGGUGGGCAGCCACCCCAGAGCCCACCUUACCUGCGCCUCCCCAGCACAGAUCAUCCUCCUUGGACUACAGGGGGGGCAGCUGGGACCACCCCCCAGCACCAGCCGUCCAGCAGACCACCUGGGUCGACCCCUCGGGCCAGAUCAUGUCCGACACCGAACGAGACGCGAUGGUCCUCAACCACGUGCUGGGUGACAUGGAGCUCUUCGUGAAGCAGGUGAAGGAUGCCCUCAGCCUGAUGAGCACCAAGAAGCAGAAAAAGAAGAAGAGCAAAGCUCUGCCACCCGAGGCCAGCUACAAGGACUUUUUCCAGAAGGUGAAAUACGCCCUGAACCUCCUGGGAAUCACCCACCAGCAUCUAGAGGACCCGGACCCCGCCCAGCUGCUGCACCUCAUCUUCGAUACCCUGUCCUUCGUCCUGGACAACUGCCCCAACCCCAGACUGGCGCCGGCGGUGGAGGCACCGCUGCUGAUCCCGGAGGCGGUGGAGCUGCUGGAGAAGACCCUGCACCCGCACGAGUACAGCACCUGGAAGAUGCUGGGCACCAGCUGGAACAAGACCAGGGCGGAGUACCCCAACAGCGAGCAGGUGCCCCCCUACAUCCCCACCUUCUCCGACGGGUGGCUGCCCCCACCCAUGCUGAAACCGGAGCAGCAGCAGCAGCAGGUAGGGGGCAUGGGGGGGGGCGGCAAGGACACCCCGCUGCCUCAGUUUCCCCACCUUGCUCUGAACACACGUCCCUCUCUGCUCCCCGCGCAGUUGCCGGCCACCAGCCACAAGAACGCUCCCAGCUACGGGAACAUUCCCGGCCACAGGAACGGGGACGUGCCCGGCUACGGGGACAUUCCCAGCUACGGGGACAUUCCCGGCCACGGGAGCGUUCCCAGACGCGGGGACGUUCCUGGCCAGGUGCUGGCGCGGGCUCUGUACGAGUUUCAGGGCAGGAACCCCCAGGAGCUGAGCGUCAGGAUGGGGGACACGCUGGAGGUGCUGGACCAGCAGAAGAAGUGGUGGCUGGUGCAGAGCAGCCUGGGGCACAAGGGCUACGUCCCCAGCAACAUCCUGGAGCCGCUGGGGCACGAGGACAGCAGGAGCCAGGUCAGCCCCCCCAACCUGCACACGGGCUCCUCGCCGGCGGAGGUGACAGCCUGGCUGAAGGACAAAGGCUUCUCGCGGAUCACGGUGAGGUGCCUCGGGGUGCUGUCGGGCCACCAGCUGCUGCAGAUGACGCCGGAGGAGCUGCGCGCCGUCUGCCCCGAGGAGUGGCGACGCGUCCUCUUCAAGCUCUCCUCCAUCAAGACGUCCCUGGGGAUGAGCCCCAGGGACUGAGCCGCAGGGAGCACGCCGACACCGUCCCCGACGUCCUCCUGCUGCCACCCCAGAACUGGAGGGGCCUGGCGGGAGGAGGUUCCCCAGCCCCCUAUGGUGCCCAUUCCUCCCAAAAGCACCAGCGGGGGGAAGCUGCUGGGGGGGCACCGGGGACUCCCGCGGGGAGACACGCUCUGCAGAAGC